AUGCAACUAAGCAAUGAUGUUGUGAUGGAAUUACAGGAAAACUGUCCAUCUGUUAAAAAUCUUCUCCUUCUUGACUCUGAAGGAAAGCGCGUAGCAGUUAAGUACUAUUCAGAUGAUUGGCCAACAAACCAGUCGAAAUUGGCUUUUGAAAAAUCAUUGUUUGCUAAAACUCAGAAGACAAAUGCUCGGACAGAAGCCGAGAUAACAUUGUUCGACGAAAACGUUGUUGUCUAUAAGUUUGUAGAGGAUCUACACUUCUUUGUGACCGGAGGGGAUGAUGAAAAUGAACUGAUACUUGCCUCAGUCCUCAACGGUUUCUUUGAAGCAGUUACCGUUCUUCUCAGGAGUAGUGUUGACCAAAGGGAGGCCCUUACGAACAUGGACCUGAUUUUUCUCUGCAUAGAUGAGAUCAUCGAUGGAGGGUUGAUUCUGGAAACUGAUGGCACCACCAUUGCAGGUAAAGUUGCUAGCCAUACCAUAGACGAGGGUGCACCUUUGUCAGAGCAAACAAUCACACAAGCUCUGGCUGCUGCGCGUGAACAUUUUACUAGAUCACUUCUUCGAUGAGGCUUUGAUAUCCAUGCUUAGAGGAAAAAGAGUUUACUACCCUUUAUUCCCUUCCCUUUUGCAUAAACAGAGAGAAAGUUGUUUCUUUUUCAUAAGGCUGCAACCAAUUUUUUCAAUUUCUGCAGUUAAUCCAGAGCAUAAUUAUUUUACCAGGAUCUUUACUUCACUUGUAAUUUUUGUAUUCCUGCAGUUAAUGCAGAGCAUAUAUUUUCUGUUGCAGGCUCUUUGCUAAGCUUGUGAAUCAAGAAUGUA